UGGGGGGGCUCAGCCUCCGAGCAGAUCCAGGCUGCCGCAAGUAUACCCUACAGGGAUACCACUGGCUGGCCAUGAGGGCCCAAGAGGGCUUCAGAAGCGUUCCGAGAGGGCCCAACCCAACGACUCAAUAUUUCGCCUUUGUCGCGAGAAGCAUAUGAUGCUGAUCCCUGUCCCUACUCCGGCAUCGGCCGAAUGAGUAGGGGAGCAUAGACGCGACACCUCCAGUUUCGGUCUGCCUUGGUAGGGCCCCGAGCUUCCAUCCAGCAAACGGUGGGCGCCUCGGCAGGAGCAAGAAGGAGAGUGGGCAACGUGCUUGCCAAACAUCUGGGCAGCGCACUUGCAGAAACCACAAAAAGACAGCACCGGCGAUAGGAGGAGGAGGAGGAGGAGGAGGAGGAGCAGGAGGAGAGAGAGAGAGAGAGCGAGAGCGAGAGCGAGAGGAUAAUAUCGCAGAGAUGCAUGGCUGCACGUGCUCAAAGCAGCCCAGGAUAGCCUCAAGGCUGCUCAGGUGCACCAUGUCGGUCCAGGAGAGCUCCAAGAACCAUCAAGAGGGCACCAUUCCCCACAUCGAAACCUCCUUGGAACCUAGUCCCACCAACUUGGAAGAUGGCUUCAGUGAACGCGUUCACUUUUCCCUGUAUUGUACAGCAGUGUACGACAGCCAUCCUCAGGACUUGUCGACAGCUUGGUUGCACGUCCAAUUUGAGACAAAUUAUGUGAUCACUUCUAAAAAAAAACAGUGCACGGGCUGCACGUCCAAUUUGAGACAAAUUAUGGGAUCAGUUCUAGAAAAGCAUCAGUACACGGGAGACAGUACACGGGAGAUACUGCUCUGGCGUACGAAGGACAGGGGACAGCGCAUGGAGCUGUGGUCCUAGAGCAAUGGCGGCACAGCGGAGGCGGGCCAUGGCAGUGCGUGGUCCGAAGUGCCUCUCGAGGGGAGGGGGGGAGGAACGAGGAGAAAACCAAGCUCUCGAAGGAGAUGAGGAUAGGGAUGGGGGUCGGUUAAACGAUCCUGAGCUUGGAAAGUCACGCUGCUGCACGCGCGGUGGGCAGCGUUCUCGCUGCCCCCGGAGAGUGGAAGGCGCCCGCAACGGAGGCCUGUGAACUGUUGGUAUUCUGCACGCUCCGCUUUAGGGCGAGGUGGUGUGAUUCGGUACUGUGUGUGGCUUGAGAGCAAGGGCCUCGUGCAGUGUGCAUUCGACUCCUUUCAGGCAUUCGCGAACCUCGCUGAUCACACGGUCGCGCGCCUCGCUGAUCAGCCUGACCACACCCAGGGGCGAAGCGUCGCUCUUCAUCCGCGCCGUGCCUUCGAUGAGCUCCUGCGCGGUGAGGCGCUCACGUCCGUGGGUCAGCUCGUCGAACAGUCUGAGCGGAUCCGGGAAGUCUUGAGCUUUCAGCCAGACCUUCACCCAGUCUCGUCCUCGCAUAACUCCAGCCAUUCGUCGCGAUCAAUCGCGCAGUCUCUGUUCGUGUCUGCCGUGGCGAAGAGGCUCUUCAUCUUCGCGAUGUGGGCCGUCUGUUUUCUGGUCGUCUGCCUCACCUGGGACGCAGAAGGACAUACUAGUACUAUGUGUCCUCCCUGCAGGCGUGCGUCCGACCCGAACCAUACAGUGCAAACAACUUCUAGUAGAUCGUUUCCAGAACGGGAUGGCCACAAAGCGCCCGCCAGAGAGCUUAUACAAUACGAUGUUUCGGCGCGCGCGUCGCGCCCGGUGGGGACGACGCACACAUAGCAUUAGUGUGUUGGGAGCGACGCCGAUCACCAUUAUCGCGUCGUCCAUCGCAGCCACCUUGAAUGUCUCUUGGAUGAAUAUCCCGUUGACUACUCCUAUGAUGGCAAAUCCGAGCACCAUCUUGUGCAAGAUCGAAUAGAUGAAGAGCGACUCGUGCACCUGGUCCAUCAACACUCGCGCUGGGACUAUCCAAUUUGCAAGGGUAAACUCAAACAUUGUGAGAAGUGACCGGGUAAAACUCCCGAAAUAUUCAAACACCUCGGCUUGUUCCUCGGCCUUGCCUUCGUCGAAAUACCAAAUAUGAAGGGCCUGGUUGACAGCCAGCGCUAAGAUCAUGUGCAAGAUCAACAACAAAGUGAAAGACCAUGCUAGCACCGCCACAGCCCCUUGGAGCGACGUAACCAUGACGUACAACGAAUCGAACCGAGAGCUGUUCAAAUACCGGACAAGCCGAACAAGGCGCCCUAGCCGUGAUAGGCGAGCGAGACGCAGCAUCUGCACAUUCACGCUCGGGCCAAUCUCAAAACGGCUCGCCGUCCAGAGCGCCACAACCAAAAGAUCUAAACAAUUCCAGUAGUCUCGGAGAAAUUGCAAACGCUCCGCUGCAAUCCUGAUGAUAAUCUCGACCAGGAAGAAUACUCCGAAUAUCCACUCACAUGCCAAGAAUACCGCUGCACCGUGCGGCCACACCUCGGAGGAGGCACGGCCUGCAGCGUCGUGGCCGGUCCACACGGCCAGAUUGAAGCCCUGGUACUGCGCCUCGGCAGCCAUGACUGCUCCGUUCAGGACGAUCACGCUGGCAACGAGGACCUCGAACCCCGGGUGCUGAAUCAGCCUGGUCAGCGCGCUGCGUGUCCUCAGCGACUCCACGACAUGCCUCUGGUAUUUCACGCUGUGCACGAGACUGUCGGCCCACGUUACCUGCCUCUUCACAUUCGCGGAGAGCGGCGCCGACGCCCUCCUCGUCUGGCCUCCCCUCAUGGCGCCUUCCUGCUGGGCCGGCUUCCCCCCGCCCUCGUGGCCUCUCUGCGGGCCGGGCCGGCCCGAGGGUGACUCCGACAGGCCCGCCGACGCCCUGUCGGCCACGUGGGACGGAGCGUCUGUGGAGGCUUCCUUCUGGCCAGGGAAAGGCUCUUCGAUGACCAUGUACACCAAUUCUGGAUCAACGGGCAGGUCUGCUCGCUUGGCGAGCGCGUCGACACGUGCGUUCCUAUCCCUGCUUGCGGCCGCCAGCCUCUUGCGCAAGCUCUGAACUUCGCACUGAAGGCAUCUGAUCUCAAGCUGGUGUGCCUGCCUCGUCCGCAUCAUCAAGCCAUCGAAAUUGUCAUCGUUCUUCAAAUCAACUUCUUCUUCGUCACUGCGCUGAAAAAGCGUUUCAAUCUCAAACGGAAGCCCUCGAAUGCCGCCAAUCGCGAAUCCUCCAAUGCCGCUCGAUUCAUCCAUUCCCAGAGGUAAACGCGGAAUAACGUCUUCGGACGGCUGACGCAAAAUGCUGAACUUGAGACGAGGCAACCCU